AUGGAUGAGGCUAGAGGCCUGAGAUCUAUUAGGGGACUGCUGGAGAAAAUCUGGAGAGACAUGAUGAAGGCUCAGCUAAGACAGAGCAGUGAAGAAGACGGGAGUGAUGUUGAGAGAUAUGACCAGAAAUUAGAGUUCUUGGUGACCAGAUGGGCAGCAAAGGAAAGAAUUUUGAAGGAUCGGCACCUUGCUGCCCAGGAGCCUCCUCCAGCUGGCCUUCCUUCCCACUCCGCUACGGCCACUUCCAAUCGCAGGGCGGGCAUCCGGUGGUCCAGACAGGAGACACGGACGCUUCUCUCCAUACUAGGUGAGGCAGAGUAUAUUCAGCGCCUCCAGACCGUGCAUCACAAUGCAGAUGUCUACCAGACUGCGUCUAAGCGGAUGCAGCAGGAAGGCUUCCGCCGCACCGAGCGUCAGUGCCCCUCCAAGUUCAAGGUCCUGAAGGCAUUAUAUUUAAAGGCCUAUGUGGCCCACGCCACAAGUAUGGGUGAUCCACCACACUGUCCCUUUUAUGAUACGUUGGAUCAGCUUCUCCGAAAUCAGAUAGUGACUGACGCAGACAACUUAACGGAGGAGGCUGCGUGGGCCCAGCACUGUGAUCAGAACUCGGCCCCCGACACCCCAGGGGAAGAGGGAGCCAGCGUUCUGGGAGCAGAACGGACUCAGGCAGCAGAUCACCAGCCCACCUUGAAAACAGUUAAGGAAUCAGAUGAGGAUUGUCAACUGAGGAUCAGUGACCAGAUGAGAGAAACCAGUGACCCUGAGGACUCCUGGGGUGAAUCCUCGGGUGCAGGGUGCUCUCAAGCCCCCAGCUACAGCAGCUCCCACCACUUUUUCAGAGGUGCAGCUGCUCCCUGUCAGAGCAGCCCCGUGACCAGACUGGGAGUGUCUGGUGAGCCCAGCCCCUGCACCAGCUCCGGCCGAAACACUCCCGGGGUGGCCUCGGCACAGCGGCCUCCAGUCUCCUCCUCCAGAGCUCCUUUUGUUUCUGGUGGGGAUGGGCCUUUGACCAGUGAGGCCCCUCCCAGGUGGGCGAGGCGAAGAAGGCAGUCAGUGGCCAGGACUAUCGCAGCUGACUUGGCAGAAAACAGGAGAUUGGCACGAGAACUUUCAAAGCGGGAGGAAGAAAAAUUGGACCGGCUGAUUGCCAUUGGCGAGGAGGCCAGCGCUCAGCAGGACCCCGCCAACGAGCUGUGCAGGGAUGCCGUGGUCGCGGUCAGACGCUCGGCCACAGCAGUGGAAGGGGCAACCGGUGCUUUUCAGCUAGGGCUUGAAAAGUUGCUUCAGAGGUUAAUUUCAAACACCAAAAGUUAUCUGAUCACACAAGGGUGUAUUUCCUUCUCUGGCAGAGGCCCGGGUCCAACAGCUGCCUUCUGGUACCCUGGCUCCUUUUCCGUGUCCUCAGAAAAAGAGUGGAUGGACCAUUAA